UAACGAAAAGCCGCGACAACUAUUAUUCCACGAACUCAAUUUGAUCUAGUCGAUUCAGUUAAUCCAGACCGGCGGGAAAUAGUCUGCGCGCUAGUCGAACAACCGAUUCCAUCGCUCAACAUCUACGCAUCUACUGAUAGCCGUAUACAGCUAUAUACCUCAUAGGUACAACAGAUACAGAUACAGAUACAGACACAUACAUACGCGGGCGCAUAGACCAUUAGGAUGGGCGCCUCAACCGACCAAUCUCGGUUUUCGAAUCUUCGUUCUCAGGCUGAAGUCUUAGAUGGGGAUGAUGUACUUCGUCACCUGAGAGACGAAUUUCGAAUUCCCAGCAAAGCCGACAUCAAACGAACGACUCUCGAGGACCAGCAGCAGAAAGAAGAUCGUAAUAGUAACGAUCCCGAUCCCGCCCCAAUCCCAACCGAUGAAACGACGACAUGUACAUACCUCUGCGGGAACUCCCUUGGAUUGCAACCCAAAAGGACGGCAACUCGCAUUAACCAGUAUCUCCAAACCUGGUCCACCCAAGCCGUCCAGGGCCAUUUCAAGCCACUAAGCGACUCUCCUUUACCAACAUGGCUUGACGCUGACUCCCGAGCUGCCAAAUUGAUGUCCCCCAUCGUCGGAGCGGAUGAAUCGGAAGUGGCGGUCAUGCAGACCCUGACGGCCAAUUUACACUUAUUAAUGUCAGCUUUCUACAGACCCGAUCCAAACGGGAAGCAUAAGAUCAUAUUGGAGAAUAAGGCCUUUCCGAGCGAUCAUUUCGCCGUACUGAGCCAAAUACGCCAACAUGGCCUCGACCCAGCUACCUCUAUGGUGACCAUAGAGUCUCCUUACUCGGAGGAUUCUCUUCUCACCACCUACGAUAUUCAGUCCGUCAUCUCGAAGCAUGCGGCAGAUACCGCUCUAAUCCUGCUACCUGGUAUCCAGUACUAUACUGGUCAGCUGCUGGACAUACCAACCAUCACAGCGUUUGCGCACAAGCACGACAUAUUUAUCAUCUGGGAUUUAGCGCACGCGGUGGGCAAUGUCCCGCUCCACCUUCACGAUUGGGACGUAGAUGCCGCGGCCUGGUGUACGUACAAGUAUCUCAAUGGAGGGCCGGGCUGUAUCGGAGGCAUGUUCAUAAAUUCACGUAAUAGCCUGGUUUCAACGACCAUAGCCGACCCUGAACCCGAGAGGGGCUACGGCAAGCGACUUUCAGGCUGGUGGGGGAACGACAAGGCCACUCGUUUUCAGAUGGAAACCAAGUUCCAUCCCGUCAAAGGAGCAGCCGGGUUCCAGCUGAGCAACCCUAGCAUCCUCGACAUCACGAGCCUGAGCGCGUCGCUUGAGGUUUUCGAACUCGCGGGCGGCGUCUCGGCACUGCGAGAGAAGUCCAUGAAACUCACUGCCUUUCUCGAGCAAUCUCUGUCUGCCUUAUCGGAAGACGCUAAGAAGCUCUUCAGGAUAAUCACGCCGUCUGACCCAGACCAGCGCGGUGCUCAGCUGAGCAUACUACUAGAUGACGGCCUCCUAGGUCCGAUCAUGAAGGAGUUUGAGAAGAUCGGCAUCGUCGUAGACGAGAGAAAACCGAACGUUAUUCGAGUCGCCCCCUCGCCCUUGUACAAUUCCUUUGCCGAAUGUGUCACGUUCGCCGAAGGUCUCGAAGCAGCGUUGCUCGCGACGCAGAAAUAGUUAUACGUUAGCCUUUGUUGGUGGUAAAUUAGGAAUUUUCUAGACUCUCUAUUGCACCAAGUUGGAUCUCAUUGUGUACCCAAGGGGACGAGACGCAGACUGUAUGUAAGUUAUGGUAUAGAACAGGAAGCGUAGCGACUCGAAUGAUAUUUUAUUGCCCAUUUAACUAGAAAACUAGAAGUCCAUAAAGAUCUAACAACUACUCAUACCGAUGGAAUCAAUAUAGUGUUUUUGUAGGUAUCAACCUCUUGAAGGGAAAUUUAUAGGUAGUUUCGCGCAUCAAAU